UCACUGGUUCCCAGGAACCAAAAGGUAAAACUGCGAAAUUUAUUGCAGGUAAGAAAAGGCCUAAGCGGGAUACCAGAUUGCGGAAAGCCCAGGGAGAGAGCUACUUGUCAAGAUGUCACGCUAUUCUGCCACCAACUGCAAGGUGUACGUGGGCAACCUCAGCGACUAUGGAUCGGUGAAAGAGCUGGAAACGGCCUUCGGUGUCUUCGGCCCUCUGAAGCACGUAUGGGUGGCCAAACAGCCCCCAGGCUUCGCUUUUGUGGAGUUUGAGGACCAACGAGAUGCGUCUGAUUCGGUUAGGGAGCUGAACGACACUAUAAUCUGUGGUCGCCGCGUGGAGGUGGAAAUGGCCACCGGUGAGAAACGGCGCCGAAGUGGUGGUGACCGUCGCGGUGGCGGUGGUUACAGCGGUGGUGGUGGUGGCUACGGUGGUGGUGGUGGUGGUUACGGUGGUGGCCGCUACCAACAGCGUCGCUCCUUCAAUGAUGACAAAUGUUACGAGUGCGGCAAACCGGGCCACUUUGCCCGAGAAUGCCCCUACAACUCGCAUAGGAGACGUUCCCGGUCCAGGAUCUCUAGACUCCUAGGCCCUACUCAUGUUACUCGGGCGUUUUGGUCUCUGCGAGCUAACUCAUUGCGGCCGAAUUACGUGUGUCCACAAGUCCCGAAUCGUAUCCGAAAGCCAUGAAGCACAAGUCCUUCCGACCUAGUCCGAACCGCUAGUCGUUUCGUUAGCCAGCAAAGGCUAUCCGGUAUCUGCGAGCGAAACGCCCUUCUCGACCGGCGUCCAAUGCUUCAGCUGCUGCACUUCGUUUUACCUGCGAGCGUUUGCUACCACUGCAAAAUACUCCAAACCUUGAGUUUCAGCCAGCGUAAUGCCCUCCUAGCCAAAACCUCUACAUUUUGGUCUGCCAACUGGCUUCAUGCGCUCCAUACCCUUCCACAUCAAGCUAAGAUGCAUGAUACUACAACUACACUUCCGACAAAGGCUUCAGAAUACCUGCAGUGCGUUUGCUACUGCUGCAAAAUGCGUGAAAUCUUAAGUUACGACCUAGGUGCCCUGCUACAUGGGACCCAAACUCCUACAUGGUCAAAGCAAUGCAACAGCCCUUCAAAACACUUCAACUACAACUCCAACAACAUCUUCAUUAUCCUGCUAGUAUUACUACCUCUACACAACACUUGAAAGCACAAGUUACAACCUACAUUACGCCCUUCUACUCCAAACGUCUAGAUAGGUGCCGGCUAAUAGACUUCAUGCAUUUCAAACCAACCCUCGUCAAGCUCAGAAAAACGGCAACUACACUUCCAACAAUACCUUCAUUGCCUACCUGCAAACACCUGCCGCUUCUGCGAAUUAGGAAUUCUCCCCUCCUCCGCAUGUGUCCCAGUCUAAACUCCUAGAUGUUUGUAAGCCAGUAGGCACGCCAAGCCAUCGGCAAACUCAACUACACUUCCGCACAAUACCUUCAAUUUAACCUGCAAGCAUUUGUUUAUUCUGCAAAACGUUAACCUCCAUUUCAGCGUCCCUUGUAUGAUUCGUAGUCCAAACCUCUAGAUAUCUGUAAGGCUACAGACGUUUGAACGUGUCUCCAUCCACCCCCACUUCCGACGGUAGCUCCAUUUCACCUGCAAAAAGCGAUGGCUGCUGUGAAACCACAAUUUACAGCCACCAUUUUAGCUUCCUACAAGUCCCAGUCAGACCAUCUACAUGUACAUGUAGAUAUUUUGUGGGCCAGCAGGCAUUUGAAACCUAUCUACAUUCUACAUGUUCAUCAAUCUAAGAUAUCUCUAGACUUCAACUACACUUCCGACAAUCCAGUUUUUUUUCAGCCAGGACAUGUUGCAUGUACAAUUCUACGAAGUACAUGUCUGCACAACCCAUUUCUCCCUACUCCAUGAACAUGCACGUUGCUUCCCCCCACCCAAAAAAAAAGUCGACUCCUCUUGUGAUUGUUGCUUCCAGCGAAUAUCACGUCGAAAAUUGCACUCUUCUUGGUCUGAUGUACAUGAACAUGCAGGGAUAAUGUGAUAUCCGUGACAUGUAGGUCACAAUAAACUACUCUCUCACUAGGUAAUUUUUUUUUCUAGGAACGUGACCAAACCCUCCAAAAUCCACAACUAUGCUAGCCUUGAAUGCAAGGCUAUGUAGGUAGUUUAUCAGCAAGUGUGCAUUCAGCUCCACAUGGUGAAACCCCGAUCUGAUCAUUCACAAAAAGCACACAAUGCUAUCGUGCAUGUAGACGGUACUGUAUGCACUGUACUGUCUACCCACAUGCACUGCCACUAUGUGAGAGUCCAGCUCCGAAGAAGCACAGCCUUGAUGCAACUGUAAUUUCCGGGUUUUGCAGUUAUAAUGAGCCGCUUACGAUCAAACGGGAUCUGAUU